GGAAGAGCUAACAGCGGUCACGCUGAAAUAGGUUACGUUGCUUUCUUACUUUUCUGAUCAGUUGUUUAUGCAUAGAACCCAAAAAAUGUUUUCCAACAGGGCUAAGUUUAACCACUUUCUGCAAACUUUGAGUGUUAUACUACUUCAUGUGGUGCAGUUCUCUGGAGCCACACACAUCCCGAGCAUCAUCAUUCUGUAUCAAUUGUUCUUUUAUACACCUUUGUGGCCGUUUGUGCUUCUUUAUUUGUCAUGGACGUAUCUCACCGAGUGGAAAACCCCUGAACGUGGUGGAAGAGAUCUUCUGAGGAAUUUCAUGAGACGGCUCCCUAUUUUCAAGUUCAUAAGGGAUUACUAUCCUAUCACACUCGUUAAAACUAGAGACCUCGAUCCACAGAAGAACUAUAUUUUUGGAUAUCAUCCUCAUGGAGUUUUUACCGAAGGAGCAUCGAUAGGAUUGAAUACAGAAGCAUGUGGAUUUAGUGAAAAAUUCCCUGGAAUCAUUCCGCAUUUGUCCGUGACCUCAGGUACUUUAAAAUAUCUUAACAGGCCUUGUUGACGUUUCAUUGGGUUUCGUUUCUUUUCCUUGUGUAUGAAAUUUUCACAUUAUCACCCUACUAUUAUUAUUUAAGAAUCAGUGGUGCAUUCAGCAGUUUGUCGUACUCCUUCGUGUGACCCGAAAUACUUUUUAUACAACUUUUAUACUCGUCAUGAAGCUUAGACUUCACUUCGUGUUGAUUUGCAUAUUUUCCUGCCUAAAGUAAAAUCUAGAUCACUGGACCAAUGGACUAGUAGAGAGAGGAUCGUACCUCACUUCAUCCGCUAGAUUAAUAAAGGAGUCUUUAAGGAGUAAUAUGUUCCACAAAGCCAUUUAUUUCAAAUCACCAUCAUAAAAAGGUACAUGCGAAAUCAUGACGUCGUACGUGUUUUGGGAUCUCAAAGAUUAACUGACCUCAUAAAUUAUCUUCACGUGAGUAUAAGGACGCCGACAUCUUUAAUCUUGCCAGGCACCCUUGCCACUUAACCUGCUAUGUUCUAGCAUACUCUGAUCUCUUUCUUGGUACGUUCAGAAGCUACACUUAUUUAUCAUUAUUAUAAUUUUGUUUUUCCACUCUUUGGAAUCUCAAAUCGCAAAAAGCUGUUAAUCUUGUAUCAACUUGGCAGAGAAAGAAAGAAAAAGUUGGAGCAUACUUCUCCUUGAAAUUUGUCUCACAGUUUUACUUUGACUCGGUUCCCAAUCCUCGUGAGGGGAAGGGUCACGUAAAACAGUUUUCAGAUUGCUGGACAGGUUGGCAAAGAGUUCCAAGCUGGUGCCCUUUACAUAAUUAAUAUUUUUGAGCAAACUUUGAUCGAACCCCUGUCAACAGCUGAUUACAGAGAAAAAAAGGAGACUUAAAGCCAUAUCUCUGAUUUACGUAUACUUGUUUAUCGAUUUUUCCUGCAGUUAUACUAAAACCCCUGUUAUACCGGGACAUACUGAUGAGUCUUGGCGUAAUUGAUGUGUCGCGUGACAGCUUGGAAUACAAUCUGACACAGAAGGGGGCGGGACACUCGGUUGUCAUCGUUGUGGGUGGAGCAGCGGAGAUCCGUGAAAUGGGCUUUGACAGCUACGCGCUGAUAAUGAAACGACGGAAAGGAUUUAUCAAACUGGCUUUGCAAAACGGGUUGGUAUACGACUUCGUGUUUCUACUUUUAAGCCAGAAGACUGUCAUUCAUCUCACGUUACAGUCAUCUUAUCCAGGAGCGAGGCCAGGAUUCUUCAUGGGGGGGGGUCAAACUGUGCCUAAAAGAGAGUACUCACUAUUUUCGCCACCGGAAUAUUGUAGGUUGUUUGCUCAAAAAGAGGCUUACGAAGCGGAGAUCAAGGGCACCCCGGGCCCCCCCCCCCUUGCUACGCUCUUGUUAUCCUUCUGGCAUUUGUCUUUUUUUUUUCUUCCGAUAAUUGUUAACCUAAGUUUACUUGUUGUUGUUGUAGUAAGAUGAUCCUGGUCCUCCAUUACUCGGAGUUUUGACAUGAACUGUAAUCAAAUGGAGAUAUCUAUCAUUUUCAGGUGCGAUCUUGUCCCUGUGUUUGGCUUUGGACAGAAUAAUCUUUAUCUUAAUAUAAUUGGCGGCAGUAGUUGCUCCCAAUAUUCACGACCUCAACUUUGGUUCAGAAAUUUCACCUCUUACCUCAGAACUUGUUUUCUUCCGACACGAUCUCCAAUCAACGUCGUAGGUAAGCGUAUUUUUCAUUUGUGAAUGUUUUCUUUUUAUUGAAAGCACUUUUAUUUACAAGUCGAACAUUCCUUCUAGGAUUUAGGAUCAACAUGAACUGGAAAACUGUAUGAUAAAAAGAUGACCGAUGCAAUCCCAAAUUAGUACCCAUCAAAUUUUUGUUUUAUGUAUGAUUUCUACUCACGCUGAUUGCAUAAUGGUAGUUUAGUAGUAUUACAAUUUUCUUUUCCGCAGUGGGAUCACCUAUUUCUGUUUCCAAGAUUGAUAUUCCAAGGAAGGAAGAUAUAGACAAACUUCACACACGGUACAUAGACGAACUAAAAGAAUUGUACGAGAACUAUAAGGACAAAUAUCACCCAUCAGAGAGAUCAGAGUUGUUGAUCAUCUAGUUACUAAAAGGGAAGUUGUUUGAAUUUUUUUUUUUAGUCUCGAUAAAAUGUCACUAAUAUACAGUCGUUUUUAUUUGUUCUUCCUUGGGAAACUCACCCAUACCCCCAGCGGAAACUCCCACCAGAUUUCUCAUGCUGAGAUCCUUUCGCGUUAACGAUGAGAUGUAUCGUGGGUCCUAGGGUGCGUAGGAUUUGAGAAUCCGUAGAGCAUCAAUUGUUUCUUUUUGUCUGUCACGUCACCGAAAAAUGAAAAUAAAACUCAUUUUAAUGGCCGGCUGCAGUUAAUAGCUAGAGAAAUUACAGAAUAUUGAUUAAAAACCUC